CUCUCCUUGUGUUUCAUACAUACAUAUAUACACGCGCACAUACACACACACAGUCCUUCGAAAUUGGAUGGAUGGAAUAAAAAAAGAAAAAGAAAAAAGAAAGAGAAAAGAAGAGCUAGCUAACGUCUUAUCGGUAUACUCGACGAUAUUCAACCUCCUGAACUCUCUGGAGGGCUAAUUUUAAGACAGGAUCCUUGAGAAGAAGUAAGGCAUUAAACCGAGGAAUCCUCGUGAGAUGAUCAUCGGUCAUGGCGUCUUUAAGAAGAACGAUUCCAAACGUGAUUCUUCUCCUUCUUCUGUCAUUUUUAGCUACAAUGACGGAACGUGGUAUAUGUCGGCUUAUCGUACCUACGAGUCCCUCGUAUUUUUUAAGAACGACGAAGGCCGUCAAAUUGUCAACUGGAAAUAUGGAACUCGUUGAAGAGGAACAAUGUUCCAAUCGAGUUUUACGUCUAACCUGUAGAUCUCUCAAAGCUUUCAUUUUCGUAUUGGAAGCGGAAUAUCAAUCUAAUCGAACGGGUAUUUGUGGAUACGAAUCGCAAAGACUGAUGAUAGGACAAAAGAAGAAAUUCAAAUUGGGCAUAAAAAAUUCAUAUGUCAAGGACACGAGACAAUUACGUGGAAAUUAUAUCAAAGACGACGAUGAAGAAGAUAGAUAUCUGUUCGACGUUAGGGCUUCCUUCAACAGAAAAUGUUCCGGUCAACAUCAUUGCCGGUAUAAUUUAAGCAGCGAUCAUCCAGGAACAACCUAUUGGCAUCCCGCUGCUUUAAGAUUAAAGUACGCUUGUGUUCCUGAGGUAGCGGUUUGUAAAUAUUGCAAUGUGGAAGUAAGAAUACCCAAAGGGAACGAAGGAGGUUAUUUAAAAUCCCCGGGAUAUCCAUUGUAUUAUCCAGGUGGUUAUUCCUGUGGUUGGACAUUCAAAUCAUCACCUGGUGAAAGGAUUAUCCUUACCUUUCACGACCUGAAUAUUCGCAGUCCAGAAGCUGAUGGAAGUUGUAUAGACGUCGUGAGAGUUCGAGAAAAAGGAAAUACUUUGUUCGAACGUUGUGGCAUCGCCGCUGGCAUUAAAAUUGUCUCUAAUUCGAACCUUGUGACCCUUGACCUAAUAGCCUCGACGAGACUCUAUCCUGCUCGAGGAUUCCUUUUACAAUAUCAAGUGUUGGGCUGUCCGAACAUUUCAGCACCAAACGGAAGCUAUAUAUCGUAUGAUACAGUGACGUCAAGAACGUUCUCGUGUAAAUCCGGGACUGUGUUUCCCGACACAAGAAAAGAGAAUAGAAUACUUGAAUGUAAGAACGGCAAAUGGAACGAGACCAUCGAUAAGCUGCCAACUUGCGUGGCUACGUCCGCGGUAAUUCUCAAGACAGAGAACGAACAUCAUCAUUUAUCGAGUCUCUCGGGUGAUAACGUUCUUGGUGGGGGCGUAAGAAUCGGUAGGGGCGAAGGCGCACUCGCAAACGGAAACGGCCAGGCUAUGGAUUCGGCGCAAUCUGCUAUGAUGAAGCAAGCGGACUACGUCGUAGAUGUCGUAUUACCAACCGUCCUGAUCGCUUUAUUGUUCGUUGGCAAUGCCAUUAUUGUCUAUAUUAUAUUCCAAUAUAGAAAGAGAAAAAUUCCAAUGACGGCGCAAGGAGAAGAGAUGGCCUUGAGAAACGAAGCGGCGGACGUUCCACAAGUGUGAUUCCAAAGGAGAAGACUAAUUACGUUUAAUGUCAAUUUUGUCGUUCAAGCAGAAAGUUAAUCAAAGGCCUAGUUCAUAUAUACUUCCGAAGAAUAAGAGGAGUCAUUUAAAUGUGAGCGCUCAAAAUGAAACGCUCAUUUUUUUUGCAUCUAAAUAGAUGCAAUGAUGUAUACGCUAUUACGAAGAAAACAUAAAGUGUGUAUAUAUUCUUUAAGAAUUCUCUCAAAAGAAGAAAAAGAAAAAAAAUGGAAAAAAAAGAAAAAAGAAAAAAAAAAUAGAAAAGGGAAAAAAAUUCAACGUUGCGUACACGUACACCGUGAAUAAUAAUUAAUGCGUGUACUUAAGUAGAUAUAUGUAUGUACAUAGGCAUGUACAUACGUAUAUGUACAUAUAUACACGUUAUUAUAUAUUUAAAUGGGUAUGAUGUACAGCCAUGACAUUGCGUAUACUUUAACGACAAAUGUAUUAUAUAAUAUAAGAAAAUAAUAUAUUCUAUAUUUCGUCCAAAUUGUGAAUAACUUAUAAAAUAAAAAGAAUGUUUUUUCGUAA